GUCGCCGACGAGGCCAUGGCGCGGCGCGCGCGGCAGCAGAUCCUGGAGGAGAAGGCGGACCGCUCCAAGGCGGACGCGGCCGCCGAGACCAAGAUGUUCCUGGCGCACGUGGCGGCGCUCAAGAAGCAGCAGGAGCUGGCCGACGCGGAGGAGCAGCGCAUCCGCGACGACCACGCCAAGGCCGUCCUCCGGGAGCAGGACGAGCGGCGCUGCAGGAUGGAGGCGGCUCGCAAGCGCAUGCUGCAGGACACGCUGGCGGGGCGCCGCGAGCAGCUGGAGGCGGCGCAGAUGCAGCGCGCCAGGGAAGCCCAGGAGGUGGCGGCGGAGGCGCGCAGGGUGGCGCAGUGCCGCGAGCAGAACAUGCAGCUGGCCAGCGAGCUGCGGCAGCGCAAGGCCGAAGAGCGGCGGCAGUACGCCGACGACCUGCACAAGCAGAUCAAGUACCAGCAGCUGCUCAAGGAGCGGCAGGCGCACGAGGCGCGCGUGGAGAGGGAGCGGGCCGCCCAGGAGGAGGAGAAGUACCAACAGAGAGUCAAGGAGCUGCUCGCCAACCCGCACAAGUACUCGACGCAUCCGUUCCGACUCAAGAUAGAGGGCAGAGCGCUCAGCUGGCCCGAGUGAAGGCGGGGCGGGUCGAGGUGGAGGCAAAAGUAGUGAC